UGAUUUGCUCCACCUACUGUCAGUCACUACAGCCUAGCGCUUUCUUCCUGGUAGCAGGUUUGAGUUCAGCACGCUCUGUUUGGACAACUUUAGUUUCACAGAUAUGGAGGAGGAUGAUAUUCAUCAGAAAGUUUAAUUUGAGUUUAUUGUUUUAAAUUAUUUUAAUUGUUAAAGAAGAUCUGAGAACAUUUAAAAAAAAAGAUAUAUUGAAAAUGAACAACUUGUCCUUUGACGAUACGUCCCUGGACAAUUUGGAUCCUACUCUGACUCUAAAUGAACCCAAUGAUAUUGACACAGCACUUCUGAGCGAUAUAGAUGAUAUGCUACAGCUGAUCAACAACCAGGAUGUGGAGUUCCCUGGCUUGUUUGAUCACCAUCACUUCGGAGAGAACAUGCCCACCCAGGAGACCACCCCUCCACCCGUCCUGCAUGCUCAGGGCUUCCUCAACACAGUUAACGCACCUCUAUUGAAUGCGUACCUGGACAGUACCAACAAGCAGACAGCAGCCCCCGCUACUGCUGCUGCAGCCAAGCUGUAUCAGGGCCCCCUCUCCCAGCCCGAGCCAGCCUUUCAGCAUCCCCAGACACCCCUAAUGGUGCCUGUUCCCCCUGCCCAAGCCCCUGCCCAGGCCCUCGUCCAGCCAGCUGUCAAAGAAGAGCUCAAACAACAGCAGCAACAGCAGGGAGCAUCGUUGCAGACACAGCAACCCCUGCAGCAGCAGCAUCAACCCCAGAAAACACAGCAGCCCCAGCAGCCACAGCUUCAGCUGGCCCCUCCAUCCACCAUCAUGAUGACCCCGAACUUCACAGCUUCCCCACAGUCCCAGUCCCUGUUCACCACCCAGCAGCAACCGCAGCCCCUAAUCAGCUACCAGAACCAGGGAGGCUUCAGCGCGGUGCAGCAGGGAGUUUCCUCCCCGCAACUCGCCUGCAUCUCCGCCUCCCCCCAGCAGAUGCAGCCAAUGACCAUCCAGACUCAGAUUCAGAACAUCUCCCCUCAGCAGCUAUUGGCCACGGCGGCCACCACCACUUCCACCCAGCGCGUCCACACACAGAUCCAGCAGGUUCCAGUAAGCAGCUCAAUGGUGCUGCUCCAGCCCCAGUUCAUCCAGGCAGACUCCCUGCUCCUCACUGCUCUCAAGCCGGAUGGCAGCUCUGUGGUGACGACGGUCAGGUCCCCAUGCGUCACUACGCUGGCCACCUCGACCACCCCAGUGCAGACCACGUCUAUACAGGCUCUGAUGAGCGGAGGCACCAUUCUGACCACAGUGCCACUGGUGAUGGACGCUGACAAACUGCCCAUCAACCGGAUCACAGUGAACGGCAAGCCCUCCGGCAUGCCAGUCAAAGGGGAGAAACGCACAGCGCACAACGCCAUCGAGAAGCGCUACCGCUCCUCCAUCAACGACAAGAUCAUCGAGCUCAAAGACCUGGUCGCGGGUACAGAAGCAAAGCUCAACAAAUCGUCCGUUUUGAGGAAAGCCAUCGAUUAUAUCCGGUUCCUGCAUCAGUCUAAUCAGAAGCUCAAACAGGAAAACAUGGCGCUGAAAAUGGCAAUGCAGAAGAACAAGUCCCUGAAGGACCUGGUGGCCUCGGCUGGGGUCAGCAUGGAGGUUGAGGUGGAGGAGCUCAAGCCGGAGGCCAUGGAGUUGCCAACCCCCCCGCCCUCGGACGCUGGCUCACCCGCCCAUGGCAGCCCCUUCUCCCAUUGCAGCAGUGACUCGGAGCCCGACAGUCCCGUGUUCGAGGACUCCAAGGCUAGUGUGAAGCAGGAGCUGGCCUCCCCCACCACCAUGGGCAUGCUGGACCGGUCCCGCAUGGCUCUAUGCGUGUUCACCUUCCUCUUCCUCUCCCUCAACCCACUGGCCUCUCUGACGGGCGACUCGGGCAGCUACGGCUCUCUGGACAGCACUGAUUAUCAUGGCACUGGGAGGAGCAUGCUGGGUCACUCCCUAGGGAGGUCCUCUGGCUGGCUGGAUUGGGUGCUGCCCACACUCUUCCUGUGGCUCAUCAAUGGCGUUCUGGUCCUUGUUGUCUUUGUCAAGCUCUUUAUCUAUGGGGAGCCUGUGACACGUCUGCACUCGGGCUCUUCUGUUCUCUUUUGGAGGCAUCGCAAACAGGCUGACCUGGACCUUGCCAGGGGUGACUUUGCACAGGCCUCUCAGAACCUGUGGACGUGCCUGAAGGCCCUGGGCCGGCCCCAGCCCACCUCGCACCCAGACAUGGCCUGCAGUCUGAUGUGGUCGCUGGUGCGCCUGGUCCUGCAGCGGCUGUGGGUGGGUCGCUGGCUGGCAGGGAGGGCAGGGGGGCUGUGGCGGGACCGUGAGCUACAGGACGAUGUGAGGAAGAGCAGCAGAGAUGCUGCCCUCGUCUACCACAGACUGCACCAGCUCCACAUGACAGGCAAGCUGGGUGGCAGUCACCUUGCAGCCAUCAACAUGGCAUUGAGCUCAGUGAACCUGGCGGAGUGUGCCGGGAGUACCAUCUCCGUGGCAACGCUGUCAGAAAUCUACGUCUCGGCGGCGCUGCGCAUCAAAACCAGUCUGCCCAAGGGACUGCACUAUAUGUCUAGGUUCUUCCUGAGCAGCGCCAGGCAGGUGUGCCUGUCUCCAAGCGGCACAGUGCCGCCUGCCAUGCAGUGGCUCUGCCACCCCCUGGGGCAUCGCUUCUUUGUGGAUGGGGACUGGGCGGUCCGCAGCACCCCACGUGAUAGUAUCUACAGCAUCGCUGGGAAUUCCGUUGACCCCCUGGCCCAGGUGACACAGGCGUUCCGGGAGCACCUGCUGGAGAAAGCUCUGUACUGCAUCGCCAAGCCAGAGAAUGAGAAGGCUCUCACUGAGGGAGAGGGGGAGUUCUCCGAUGCGCUAGAGUAUCUUCAGCUGCUCAACGGCUGCUCGGACGCAGCGGGGAUCACAACGCAGACGUUCGCUAUCGGAUCAAACAUGACAGGAGUUACCGGUACAGACCCCAUUGCGAAGUGGUGGGCAUCCAUGGUGGUAGUGGCAGUGAAUUGGCUGCAGGGGGACGACGAGGCAGCUGAGAGACUGUACCCUAUGGUGGAGUACAUGCCAAAGGUCCUGAACACCACCGAGAACUCUUUGCCCCGGGCGGCGUUGUUUGCCUUCAGAACAAUGCGCACCCUGUUGGCCAAGCAUGAGAACAGCCAGCUGAGCCUGAACCACUGUGAGAAGGCGAGCAGCUACCUGCGGGACAGCAUCAACAUGGUGCAGUGCAGCAGCAGCAUUGACAAGGCAGUGCAGCUCUUGCUGUGUGACCUCCUGCUGGUAACCCGGACGAACAUGUGGCAGCAGCAGAGCCCGGCGCUGAGCAGCACUCCGCAGGCCUCCCCCCUGGAGCUGCGCGGCUUUCAGCAGGAUCUGAGCAGCCUGAGGAAGCUGGCACAGAGCUUCCGACCCGCCUUGCGCAGGUUGUUUCUGCAUGAAGCUACAGCCCGGCUGAUGGCAGGCGCCAGUCCCACACGCACUCACCAGCUGCUGGACCGCAGCCUGAGGAGGAGGGCAACCCCCAGCAAAGCAGGUGAGUCGGAGACGCGGCCAGGCCGGCGUGAACAAGCGGAGGCGGUGCUGCUGGCAUGCCGAUACCUACCUCCCUCCUUCCUGUCGGCUCCAGGGCAGCGUGUGGGCAUGCUGGCAGAUGCAGCGCGCACGCUUGAGAGGCUGGGUGACAAGCGCACGUUGCACGACUGCCAGCAGAUGAUCAUCAAGCUGGGCAGCGGCACCACCGUCGCCUCCACUUAGAGAACACCCCCCAAAUAAAAACUUAAACUCCAAGCCUGGGUGAUAACCCAGUGACGGCCAUUUUCACUGGCUGCCUCGCCCCUUCCAAUUUGAAUUUUUUUUUUUUAUUGAAGAGAGAUUUGACUGAUGUUGUUAUUUUAAACUCCCUGUUUCAGCGUUUAAUAAUUAUUUUUUUAGAUGCUAAGUAAGCUCUCACUCUCUCUUAUUUCCAGUUAUCUAGGGCUAUUUUCUCACUGGGGUUGCCCAAACGAGAUACAUUAUAGCAUCUAAAGAGCGUGCAGAAAGUUAAUAUUUGACUUGCCCUUUGAGAUCCUUGCUGCAAUUAAAGUAUUUGGCCACCAUGUGGCAUUGCAUGCUACAGUUAAGGAACAAUAAACAGUUAAAGUUAAAGAAAAUGAAGUGUUAAAUAGAUGUUAUUAAUUUCAAAGACGGCAACUGUGAUUUGUUUUUUUAAGGGGGAAGUUUAACCUGGAAUCUGAUAUCUAGACCAUUCUACAGUGUUUCCAUGUUUUUUAUGAAAGUCGACUGAAAUGGGGAAAUUUGUUCAACACGAGGCAUAAGAUCUGGGACCUCACACGAUGGGCCACUUAGCUUAAUCAGGCUAGUAAAGGCUGUUCCCUGUAAAUGUUGUACAUAUCUCAAUCUGCACUGACCAUUCAGAGUUCUUCUAAUUAAAAAAACGAAAAGAUAAAAAAGCAAGACAAAAAAAUGAACAUGCAUUUCCUUGUCAAACAUUAUUUUCAUAUGGUUUGACAAGGUGUUUUUUUUUGUAUAUAAAAUAUUUAUAAUUUUCUAAGAAUGUUUGAAUGCAGCAGAAUUUUAUUUUGUAGACGGAUUCUCUCCUCUUCCUACUUCGCUAUUUAUUAGGGCUUGCCUUUAGUUAAUAAUAUUAAAUGUUGUUCUUUCAUGGUGUUGCAAACACAGGAAGGACUAAAAAACAAAUAUUAUUUAGAAUUGAACCUCAGUACUGCUAAAGCCUCUAAAAAGAAAUGAAAAGGUAUACUUGGUAUAGCUCCUGUAUUAGGCUAUCCCUAGAGUUAUGCCUUGGUAUUGUCAAAGAAUGGUGACCCAUUCUGCCAGAUUGCAUUUAGUAACAGCUUUACCUAUCAUUGGGGUUCCGCUGGAGGACAAUUAUGAUUGGCUAAUCAGACCACAGUGGAUCCAUAAUUCCACUGAACACAGUGUCCUUGUAAAUCAACACAGAAAAUUAAUUUAUUAAUUCAUUUCAUAACAUGUAGCUAGAACCCUGUUGGUGUCUCAAACAACAUUCUAGAAAAAUCUCAUGAAAUGAAUAACCACACCAUGGUCUUGAUAUACCUGCUGGAAAAAGGUUACAAUAUGCAGGUUAAGUAAGUUGGAAUAACUCCAACUUACUUAUUUGUAUUUGUAUUCAGCCUCCUGGGUCUUGUCCUAUAUGCUCACGUCUCCCAGCAUUGACAGCUCCAUGGGCUUGCAGUGGCAAAGUGACCAUUGGGGGGUGCUGUGUGAUUGAUAACGGUGCUGUGGCUGAUGCAUUUUUGAGCUCCCUCAAGGGUUGGCACAUGUGAGAGCAGAUCCUUGCUGUUUUGUGAAUGGAAAAUGCAAGUGACUGAUAUUGUGAGCCAGAGCUAUAGCCCCUUGGAAGUGCAACAAGUCCCUGUUAAAUGUUCAUGUUCAAAACCCAUGUGCAUUCACAGUAGAGUUACCAUAUUUUGCAAAAGAUAAGCAGAAGGAUGGGGGUGUAGGAAAUAUUGAAUACUAUGAAAUUAAUUGAUUUUAUCCAUUUAAGGGAUUUUUGUAAGCAACCAAGUUAUUUUUUGCUUUUUCUUAACAUUUUUUGUUUUAAUCUAAUUAAAUAGAAUAUAUUUAUUGAGCAGAAGUACAGCCAAGCACAAGCAGACAAUAAUACCUGCAUUACUGUCAUCAUGUUAGAGAAUUGCUUCUUGUAUUUUGUUAUUUUGUUCCUUUAUUAACAGAAUAAAGCUCACCAGAUUUACGACUUAGAUCCUUCUUUCCUAUAAAUCUAUUUUUUUUAACAUGCUAUUUUGCAGCACUUGGUUUAAUAAGUAACUUUUAUGGUUUAAUAAAUCUGUAGUUCUAUAAUUUAUAUUUAAUAAAAUAAAUCUUAAUUGUUAUGACUAUGAA